GUAAAAAAUUGUAUUUGAAAUUUAAGAAUUUAAAACUUUUUAUAUGUGAGAUACAGUCAGCGAAAGUCGUAGCUUGGGUUAAAAUGACACCAGUUCGAGUAAAUCAAAACAACAUUUUAUGUAGAUUUCGUGAUUUACCAACAUAUAAUCAUGCGACCUUGCUGAUAGUUAGUGUUAAGGGUAUUGGCUCGGAAGAUCUUGUCGAAGCAAUAUUACAAAUGGACACAUCGUAUUCUGUUCAAAUUCGCACCACAACAAGUCUACCUUUGCCACAACUGUCAAAGACUGAAAGUCGUCCUCGGAUUGACUACAUCAUCUUUGCCUUGGAUCUAAGCAAUCAACACAGUUGUCAAAUGAUUGAAGAAGCAGUCGCCUUUGUGGAUGUGGAUUACUUUAUUGGUCGUAGCUGUUUCAUAUUGUCCAAAGCAAAUCAGGAGCAUCUUCACAGUGUGGAUGUAACAUAUAUUACAGACAUGAUCAAGGCAUAUGACUCGACAAUGUUUUUUGGUGACCUUCAGAAUAAAGAUGACAGAUUCAACAUGGUCGAGAAAAUUCUUCAUCAUGUUGAAGUUGCAUGUGGUUUUCGCAAAGGCAUUAACCCCCUCUUGCUUUCUGCCACAAAACAUUUAUAUAGCUUUGAUGACAUGAUGACACCAUGAUUCAUAAACUUAAGUUCUCUUAUUUUACAUUCUUACACUGUAAAUAAAAAGCAAGGCCAGCCA